AUGGAAGAAGCUGACGAAAUAUCUCCAUUGAUACCUAAAUCUUUCUCAUCAUCCAAUGUGUCGGAAUCUUUGUAUCAGAGAGUCCUCAACAAUCCGGGAUCUAUCACUACGAUCAGAAGAAUGUCUACUGAUAAGGAUUUAUCAUUACUGUUUUCAAGACCACAAAGAUUAAUUGGAAAUUUCAAAAAGAUUUGUAACUGGAAGGAUUAUUAUGUCGACCCUAAAUCUGUGAAGUCGAAAUUAAGAGGAUUUUAUGAAAAACAAAAUGAAUUGAUUGAAAAAUUGUCUCAAGUUGAUAAAUUCUUCGAUGAUGAGAAACUUCAUUACAAUGUAUUGAACAAUUAUAGUGAAGAGGAUGAUAGAAGAGGUAAGAAUCCUAUUGAUAUAGAUUUAGAAGGUGAAGAAAGAGAAUCUCAAGAAGUGAUGUAUAUUAUUAUGGUGAAUUUCUUCAUCAACUUCCUUCUUUUAGUUGGGAAAAUUAUCAUAGCUUUAUUAUCCAAUUCCAUGACAUUGAUUGCUUCAUUAGUUGAUUCUGUAUUAGAUUUCUUAUCGACGUUUAUUAUUUAUGUUUCCAACAGAUUAUCAAGUAGUAGGAACAACUUCAAAUACCCUGUAGGUAAAUCCAGAUUGAAUCCAUUGAGUGUAUUGGUAUUAGCAGUGGUGAUUAUUGUAUCAUUUUUACAGAUUAUUCAAGAAAGUUUCAAAAAGUUAUUGGCCGUUGAACCCAUCCUUUUAGAUAAAUUAUCCAUUCUUAUAAUGACAUUAACUAUUUUAUUGAAAUUUGGUUGUUAUAUUUAUUGUCUUAGAAAUAAUUCCACUGCCAUUAAUGCAUUAGCUCAGGAUGCUAAAUUUGAUGUUAUUUUCAAUUUAUUCUCCAUUAUUAUCCCGGUGUUUGGUAUCAUCUUCAAAUCUCCUUGGUUAGAUCCACUUGGGGCUAUAUUUUUGUCCAUAUAUAUCAUUUCAGAAUGGUCAAAAAUAUCAAUUAGUCACAUCAAUAAUUUAACAGGAGCUAAUGCUAGUGAAGAUGAAUAUAAAACCAUUUUAUAUUUAUGUUAUAGAUUUUCCACAUCCAUGAAGAAGAUUACUGCUUUGAAAGUUUACCAUGUUGGUGACAAUUUAAAUGUUGAAAUCGAUGUAGUUUUCAAUGAUGAUCUGUUCAAAGAUAAUCAUGAUACGGCUGAAUCUUUACAAUAUGUUUUAGAAACUGUUCCUUUUGUGGAAAGAGCUUUUGUUCAUAUUGAUUAUAUGCAAGGGAAUUAUGUUGGUCAUUUGAAUUAG